ACACGCACCAAUCUUGGAAGCUAGCAAACUUGCUUUCUUCAGAAUCUCAGAUAAGCAUUUGGGAAAAAUAAACCAAGAUUCAUAUAUAGCUCUAUGUCGUUGGAGGUUUAGCCGGAAAAAUGUUGACGGUUUUUGAGAAAGCGGUCGGAAAACCGCCCGAGGAGCUGAGGGUUCCUUCGAAUGUGGUGGAGAAGGCAAAGACCAGAGAGGAGAUUUUGGAGAUUUUCCAGUCGUCGUGUCCCGAGUCCACUGUUUACCACCUUUCUAAUGGAAGUUUCAUGGCUUUGUCACAGGACAAUGAGAGUGUUCAGCCACACCCAAGGUGCAUUGUUGUCCUAGACGAUGUCUUCUGCAUUUUUAUAGGCACUUUGGAAAACACUUCUGACCUGAGACGACACUACGGCCUUCCAAGACAAGCAACAGAAGCUAUGGUCGUUGUUGAAGCCUAUAAAGUCCUAAGAGAUCGCGCACCCUACCCUCCGGAUCAAGUCAUCAAAGAUCUACAAGGAAAAUUCGCAUUUGUUCUCUUCGAUGCUAGAACCGAUACGCUUUUUGCUGCCAGGGACCGAGAUGGAAGCGUGGAGCUUCACUGGGGAAUGGCAGGUGAUGGAUCCCUAGUCUGCUCACACAAUCUUGACAUCAUCAUCGAGGCUUGUGGAAAAUUUUGUUCACCUUUCCCUCCAGGUUGCAUAUUCACAAGUGGAAGUGGGUUGAUGAGCUUUGUUCAUCCAAUGCACAAGGUAAGGGCAAUUAGGCUCGAAGACGACAAUGGACAAGUUCGUGGAGUAACGUUUCAGGUGGAUCUGUACACGCGAAUUCCCAGCAUUCCUCGCACUGGUAGUGCUUCAAAUUGGGCCGACAUAACUCUUGUCGAGGAGGAGAAUAACAUUCAUCCCUGAGACUCUGCCUGCUAGCUACAAUAAGUUGUAUUUUCUAAUUAACCGGUGAGUUUUAAACUAGACUGUAUAAUAAAUAUAGAACAAGUUUAGUGGCUGUGCCAUUAUGUGGUCCUAUUGCCCUUUAGAGGUCUUGAAUGCUUCUAUUUUUAAGGUCAAAUGCAUUGUUCGUCA